AUGCUGGUCGCACACGGAAAGAGGCGAUCGGUGGCCGCUGAGAACGCGAACGAAAACAACCAGCGUGUGAGCAGCCGCCCGGGCAAGCUGUGGCGUUCUCUCAGCGUCGCCGACAAGGAGCCUAGCCAGCGCAAGGCGGCUGCAGCUGCCGCCGUCCACACAAAGCAGCAUCCGGAAUACGUGUACAAUCCGCGUGAGGCCCAGCGGUGCAAGACGCAGGCGCGCAGGACCAAGGCGAUUGCCAGCAAGGUCAUGAAUGGCACUUCCGGGGACGAGCAGCAGCAGCCGAGCAUUUCCACCGCCGAGGCCCACGGUCGAGGCUCCCCGGAGUUGCAGCAGAAACAACAUCCGCCGCCCCCGCAAAGGAACGAACGCCGUGCAACCAGCGCUGCCCGGGGCCGCUAUUCUGGCGCUGGUCAGGGAAUGCCGCUCCCUAGGCUGUCGGCCACUCGCACGGCCACGGCGUCGGCUCGCUCGGCUGCGCGGCCCUACAGCGCCCACCGGUUCCCCGGUCCUCUGCCACCAUCAGUGCGAGGGGCCAACAGAGAAAACGCCGUACCCACCACUCAGUUAACGGCAGCUCGCGCAUUCAAACAGCCUGAAACGCCAUAUGCCCGAACAAUGCUGGAAAAUCGGCUAUACUCCACGCCCCUGGACGAUGAAGGCGACUCUGCUGCGGGCACGUCGUCGUUCGACCAGUACGGAAUCCGGGAGACACAAGGCUCUGCAGACGGCGCCCCAGGCCAAGGUCAGCCAUCGUCGUCGACUGCUGGCUGCACUGCGGCAUAUCACCGCAAGCAAGCGCCUGCCGGACCGGGUAUCAGCUGCAGAAGGUUCUGCCGUCCUCUUCCGCACUGUCGCGAUUAG